AUUCGAUUUUUGUAUAAAUUGACAACAAAUGCUGCGCUCAGACAACAAUCAUCAUAAGUUUGUCUUGAGCAAAACUUUCCAACUAUAUUGUUUCUAUCACGUUAUCACAAAGUUAAGAAAUAAAAAAAUGAAGGUUAUCCUUUUAACGGUUUUUGCAGCCUUGUUGGUAGCAGUAGUAACUGCAUCAAAGUCCAAAGAUCAUGCCCAUGGAAGCGACGUGGAGAAACUUCCCCCAAAAGUGUCCACGCCCGCCCCGUCCCCCAACAGCUCUUAUGUCGCCCAUAGUCGUGAAGAAAGAAGAUUCGGUAGUAGGGGUAACAAUAACAACAACAACAAUAAUAAUGGGGGUGGUCGAGGAAAUAAUAACAACAACAAUAACAACAAUGGGGGUGGUCGUGGAGGAAAUAAUAACAACAAUAACAACAACAAUGGGGGUGGUCGUAGGGGCAACAAUAACAACAACAACAACAAUAACGGUCGCUGAUCGUCGUUUUAAACCUACACAAAUUCAUGUGGAUAAUUGCAGUUAGUUGAAUGAUGAUGGAUCGGAUAUGUGGCUGUCAUUAUGCAUAUUUUUCAUCUUUAUUUAUUUACAUAUUUUCAAACAUAUUCUAAAUUAGAAUUUAAUAAAAAGUUUUAUGAGCAGUG